CCAUUUCGCAUUAAGUUUCCCGUGGAGCACCGCCGCUGUCAAAACACUUCGCCAUUUCAGUGUUAGGAGGGGGAAUUAGGUCAGCCGAGCGGAGGUGGCUGUUUCUUAUUGUGUAUCGUCGGAGUGCUCGGUAAUUGGGUUCCCAUGCGAGUUAUCUCGCCUGAGUUUUUCCUUCGUGAGCCCGGGUUGAAGAGACAAGUCAGCUUUCGGAUUUUCCUUCGUACAACUACUGAGCUGUGUGUGAAAACAACAAGGAUGAAACGAACGAAAGGAGGAGAGGAGGCAGGCAACGGUGAAAGUCCACCCGAGGCUUGUAAGAAGGUCCGUACGGAGACGAGCGAGGAGUCGGAAGCUGUGGCAGCCAGCGAGUCGCCGCACUGUGACUGGUCGCUGCUGCCUCAGGAGAUCCUGCUGCACAUUUUCCAGUACCUUCCGCUGCUGGACCGGGCUUACGCCUCGCAGGUGUGCCGCGGUUGGAACGAGGCGUUCCACAUGCCCGAGCUGUGGAGAUGCUUUGAGUUCGAGCUCAAUCAGCCAGCAAGCUCGUACCUGAAAGCCACGCAUCCAGACCUCAUCAAGCAGAUCAUUAAGAGGCACUCCAACCACCUCCAGUACGUCAGCUUCAAGGUGGACAGCAGCACAGAGUCUGCAGAGGCAGCGUGUGACAUUCUGUCACAGUUGGUAAAUUGUUCCCUGAAGACCUUGGGACUCAUCUCUACAGCCAGGCCCAGUUUCAUGGAGGUUCCAAAGUCUCACUUCAUCUCGGCUCUGACCGUGGUGUUCGUCAACUCCAAAUCUUUGUCCUCGCUGAAGAUCGACGACACGCCGGUGGAUGAUCCGUCCCUGAAGGUGUUGGUGGCCAACAACAGUGACACCUUGAAGCUUCUGAAGAUGAGCAGCUGCCCUCAUGUGUCGCCUGCAGGGAUCCUGUGCGUGGCGGACCAGUGCCACGGGCUGAGGGAGCUGGCGCUGAACUACCACCUCCUCAGCGAUGAACUCCUGCUGGCCCUCUCUUCUGAAAAACACGUCCAUCUGGAGCACCUGCGCAUUGACGUGGUGAGUGAGAACCCGGGCCAGCACUUCCACACCAUCAAGAAGAGCAGCUGGGACGCCAUGGUGCGCCACUCGCCCAAAUUCAACCUGGUGAUGUACUUUUUCCUCUAUGAGGACGAGUUCGGCCCCUUCUUCAACGACGAGAUCCCCGUCACACACCUCUACUUCGGGCGCUCCGUCAGCAAGGAGGUCCUUGGUCGGGUCGGCCUCCACUGCCCUCGCCUGGUGGAGCUGGUUGUGUGUGCCAACGGACUGCGACCCCUUGACGAGGAGCUGAUCCGCAUCGCAAAGCAUUGCACUCAGCUUUCGGCCAUUGGCCUGGGUGAGUGCGAGGUGUCCUGCGGCGCGUUCGUGGAGUUCGUUAAGAUGUGCGGCAGGAGGCUGUCUCAGCUGUCCAUCAUGGAGGAGGUGCUGAUCCCGGAUCAUAAAUACUCCCUGGACGAGAUUCACUGGGAAGUGUCCAAACAUCUGGGCCGGGUCUGGUUCCCGGACAUGAUGCCGACCUGGUAGGGGGGGUCCGAGUUCAGCCUCCAUGUUUGCGCUGAAAAGCCGCUCCGCUGUAGUGAUUUGUUAGGCGCCAACUCGACAAGCAAAACGUUUGUGAGCUCCUGUUUGGACAUCACGUGAUACCCAACAUCUUUAAGAAAGCCUGAAAUCAACAAACUCUGGGAUGAACUCAGAGCAGCUGGAAGUGCAACGACAACAAGCUCAGUUAUGUGGACAUUUUUCCUGCAUUGUGCAUCAGGAAAGAUGUUGGUCUGUGUACAUAUGUACGCACGGGUGCAGACAUGUUUUAACAUGCCAGACAUUUCGCAGGAAAUCCGGUUAGUUGCACCAUUGCAUGUUGUUACACUACCAAUGGACCUACAUACUAUGCUGUGUUUAGCUGCACUGCUCUCUGUAACACAUUAUGGCUUUUGAGGUUUCUUCACUGUUGAGUUAGAUGUGUCUAGGAAGCAGCAGAGGAUGGGGAUUUCUGUUCUUUCGGGUAAUUUAGAAGUUUUCAUUUGGAAGACGAGUAGCUGGCUGCUUUAAAGCUCCUUUUUAAACAUGUUUUAACACAGAAGCAGCUGGAGCUUUUCGCACUCACCUGAACUCAUUCAUGGAUCACAAACAUCUUGUUGUAAAUGUCCUCGUUGGCAGAAAGUAACGUGUACAUACAGUCGAUAUUUGUGAUGUGAAGGUGUACAGUGUUGAGUGACGUACCUGAAUUGUAAAGACACUAUUUUCCUGUGUCGGUGAAAGAAGGUUUUUGUACAGUGAGAGAUUUUUCUACGCACCUUACAUAUAAACCAAAUGACAACUGAGACGAAUCGAGUCUUUACGGCCAAAUAAUGCUUAUUUUGUACGGAAGCUCUGAUCAACCUGAUCCCAGGCACAGUAUGUUAAAAUAGUAAAAGCUAUAAUAAAAGAAGAAAAACAAUCAAUUUAUAGUGCCUUGCAAAAGAAGUGCAUACCCCUUGAACUCUUCCACAUUUUGUCACGUUACAGCAAACCUCAUUGAGACAGGCUAACACCAACAGCCUUUAAAUGUGAAGUCAAAGGAAAAAGAUACAAGCCUUUUUUUUUUUUAACACAGGAAUCUGAAAAGUGUGGUGUGCAUUUAUAUUCAGAAUCCCCUUAGUCGAUGCUUUAAAGCCACCUUCUGCUGCAGCUACAAGCUUCUUUGCUAAACAGCUCAAGAUCAGUUAGAUUGGAUGUAGAGCACAUGGGUGCAUCAUUUUUGCAGAUUUCCAGUGAAAUUUAAGUCUGGACUUUGACUGGGCCAUUCUAACGCAUGAAUGUGCUUUGAUCUAAAUUCCAUUGUAGUUCUGGCUGUAUGCUUAGGGUUGUUGGAAGGUGAACCUCCACCCAAGUUAUCCCAGUCUAUGCUGCGUCUAACAUGUUUUCCUAAACUGUAAAGACGUGUACUGGGUUUUAUUUAGGGUUAUUGUAAUAAAUUUAAACGCCACACUGUUCAGAUUCUCGUUUGUAAAAAACGCUGUAAAUGAUUUUGUAGUUUGACAAAGUAUGAAACAGUUUAAGUUGUCUGAGUACUUUUACAAGCCACUGAAUUGUGUAAAUAUUGAAAGUGUAAAUUAGUUGGUGCACGCGGGUGUGCCUGCACGCUCUCAGCUCAGAUUACUUUGUAAUCAGCAGAGUAAUCGACUCUGCAGCUGUUAGCUUUAAAUGCGCGUUGGAAGCGCAGAAAUCAACCCUAUUGUCUCUCAGGUGCAUUAAAUGGAUAUAUGUCCUUUUAUAGGUUUCAGUUGUAUCUUCUGCAAUUUGCCUGGUAAAGCUCUACUUCCUGUCAGUCUCAAGAACCAGCCACCCUCCUAGUCCACGUAUGUUCUUUUUUUAAUGGCAACAAUCGGACGCAGGAGAGUUAUUCUGUGCACCUCCAUCCUUUACAGUCAGAGAGAUGUGGCAAGUCAGAUGAAUGAAACUUUGUUUUUCCUUUAAGAAGGAAGUCGAAUCCACCUGUACAUAAACGCUGUGUGUUUGGUUAUUUUGAAUAGAAAUGUACUUAUUUCUUUAUUUCACCCCAUCAGGGUUCAAUGUUUGCUCAACCAGCAGCUCUUUGUCUUUUAUAAAACGGUCCAAAUUAAGGUUAAGUAUUUGGUUUUUGGUAUGUUAUUAAUUAUUAAGCUGACUUUAAUUUGUGAGUUAGUGUCAAAUUAGAAAUGCAGAUCAGCAGCAAGAUCAUUGGUCGUCGUGGUAUCGUUGCUGACAGGUGGACCUCAGGUCCGCCACUCCAGGUUUGUCUCUUUAAUAGGAAGAAUUGAGUGGUGCUCUCUCUCUCUUCCUCUGUGGUCAUGACAGGUGAUUACUCAUCUGUAAAAAAAAAAAAAAAUUCAAAAAGGAUAAAAAAAUGUCAUUAUGGUGACCAAAAGUAAAAUCCAGCACCAGUCUACCAACAGAAGCUUAAUGAAUUGUAGCUUGCUAGCUUGAUAGGAUACGGCUUGUGCAACGAGUCCAGUUGUGAAAUUUCCUCGCUAUUAAAUGUUGCGCUUUCAACUGUCAGCGGUUUUAUAAAAAAGUGGAAGUGAUUGAGAACGACAGCAACUCUGCCAUGAACUGGUAGGCCUUGUAAAAUCACAGCUUGGGAUCAGCGGAUGCUGAGGAACACAACAAGCAGAGGUAGCCAACUUUUUGCAGAGUGAAUGGCUACAGACCUCCAAACUUCAUGUGGCCUUCCAGUUUAGUUCAAGAACAGCGUGUGGAGAGCUUCAUGGAAUGGGUUUCCAUGUGCCGAACCGCUGCAUCCAGGCCAAGGUUUUGGAUGCAGUGUUAUAAAGCCCACUGCCACAGGUCUGUGGAGCAGUGGAGACUUGGCUCUGGAGGGAUUCACAAAGAUCUGAUUGAGUGAUUGUGGUGUGGAUGAAAGUCACUGGCCUGGACGAAGUCCUGACCUCAGCCCUAAUAGAACACCUUUGGGAUAAAUUGAGAGUGAAUAUUGCAAGCCAACCCUUUGUGUCCAACAUCGGUGUCUGACCUUGCAAAUGUGCUUCUGGAAGAAGGGUAAACGAAAUCCCAUAAACACACCACUAAACUCGGAAAGAGUUCCUAGAAGAGUGAAGCUGUUAGAGCCGACAUCAUAUUAAACCCUAUGGAUUAAGACGAGAAGGUACUUAAUGUGUGAGUACAGACAAAUGAAAACUUUUGGCAAUACGGUGUACAGAAAACAUUUUAAUCUGUAUCUAUGUAUGGUAAUAAACUGACGUUCUAAUUCAUCUAAACGUAUCUAAAGUUACUGAUAGACAUAUUUCCAUCAACUGAUGGAGGUUUACUGUCAGACUAAAAUGGAGACAUUUCAGGAGUUGAACAUUAUUGGACUGAACUCUCUGUUCAGAUGAUUAAGUCUCAGUGAAGCAAGUAGCUCCACCAUCUGUGUUCCUGUCACCGAUACGGCAACAUAGCGACUGAUUAUUUUCAGAUUUCAAGCUGUCAUUUCGCUUCUUCAGUUAAACCAGCGCAUUUGAUUUUUCCUGUUUUAAUCGGAAUAUUGAGCUGAACAAGUAAAUGUAUUUCAAGGAAAAAUGUUUUAUCUUGUAUUUUUAAAUCCUGAUUGUUUUAACCUUUUGUUUAGAAAGUACUCAAGUUAAAGUUUAGGAAACCUAAACUGCUGUUGAAGCUCUUUUUAUUAUGCUUCUGUAUUGCAAGCGAUUAUGGGGAAAAAAUGGUCUACUUUGCUUUAUUGGUCACCUGUCUUUAGGACCUGUGAUCAUAUGUAGAAAUAAACAACUGUCAAUGUA